AUGUAUUUGACCACUUUCAUCGCCGCUUCCAUUCUGGUAGCUUAUGCUUCCGCAAAAGCCUCAGAGGCUAUGCCUUACAAGUUAGCAGCUAAAUCCCUCAACCCAUUUGGUAAUCAAGCAUAUGGUCUCACCAAGCGACAAUCGGGUUAUCAACCCUCUCAAACUUUUUGCAGUGGCUACGGCACUUGUGCAGAGGCAUGUGGAACAGGUUAUGAAACUUGUCCUUCAACUGAUGGAGAUGUUCACUGUUUCGACCCGACUGUUAAGGAAACUUGUUGUCCAACUGGAACUGGCGACUCCUGCUCCGAAGGCUACUAUUGCACUCAGGCCACAGAUCUAACUGUCUGGUGCUGUCCAGAUGGCAUGGAUCUUACCGCCUGCGCAGCAAUCUACUCUCUAACCGGUGUUCUCCAAUCCGUCACGCCUUCGUCUGUCGCAUCUGUCAGUGCCUCAAAUAUCCCAACCACACCUGCAAGUGUUACAACUAGCGAGAUUGUCAGUCUUCCAGCCUACACAACACCUACUACGCCACCGGUAGCCUCGCUUACCGCAACGAAGACAAGUGGGGGAAGCAAUGCUACGUUUACGGGAAGUAGCACAGCGACGGCUACACUGUCUGUCUUUACCGGGAUGGCUGGCAAGAUGGAGAAGUGGGUUGGAGGCGGUGUAUUGGUUGCGGCGGUGGGAAUGGGCUUGUUUUUGUAA